UCAGUCUCCGUCCUGCUCUGUAUCUGUCUCUCUCUCUCUUUUUCCCUUUCUGUCUAUCUCUCUCUCUCUUCCUCUCUUUCUCUCUCUCUCUUUGGUGUGCUCAAGCUCCAGUUUGGUUCGCUGUCUGUCUGUGUGUUGCCGGUCUCGUUCCUCUGCAGACCUGAACCUCCAGCUGAACCCGGGACUCCAGCUCACUCUACAGCGGUUGCAGAAAUGGCGAUGAGCAGCAUCCUCAACCAUGAUGAUAUUAAGAAAGCCCUGGACGCAUGUAAAGCUCCCGACUCAUUCAACCACAAGAGUUUUUUUGAGAUGGUCGGACUUAAGGCGAAGGCAUCUGACGAUGUGAAGAAGGCUUUCCACCUCCUGGAUGCCGACAAUAGCGGGUUUAUUGAGGAAGAAGAACUUAAGUUUGUUCUGAAGGCCUUUGCCACAGACGGGAGAGACCUGACCGAUAAGGAGACCAAAGCAUUCCUGCAGGCUGCGGACAAAGAUGGAGAUGGAAAGAUUGGAGCGGAAGAGUUUGCUGCUCUGGUUCGUGAAUAAAUGACAAAAGGACUCUUGGCCUGUCCAUACUGUACCUCAUGUCCCUUUGACCUCAAGCUCAGCCUAACACGCCCCUGAAGCGCACACACACUCACUUACACACCAUACACUCACAUGCUUGAAUGCCCCCUCUUAAAAAACAUCACCCCAUCACACACACACACACACUAAUUAGGCUAUUUAUUUUCCUUUUUCUACAGAAGUGAGUGUUUCUGCUAGUGUAUAGAUAAAGAGACCUUUAACAGGGCAAAACCUCAUGCUGGCAAUAUGUAGAUAUAAUAGAAAAGAAAACGACACACUCUCCAUUGGCCACUAUUGUUUGUCUGUGUUUAUCUUAAUCUGGCCUGUUCAUCUUUCUCUCCUCCGCUCCCUCCUCUCCCCCUUCUGAAACACACUAAACCAAGAAAGAGGUCAAGUUGUGAAAGAAAAUUCAAUAAAGAGACAAAGCCUCAAGA